AUGGAGAAUGCCGCUGCGUCCGGGCAGUUCGAGGUCAAGAUCGGAGAUUUUAGCCUGCAACUCGCUCUGGAGGUUGAUUCGGGACGCAUUCUGGUGCUUUUUGGGCCAUCAGGAGCCGGUAAGUCCACCGCGCUCCGCACCAUGGCCGGGCUGGUGCGCCCGGAAGCAGGGUGGAUCACGAUUGCCGGCCACACUGUUUACAGCGACGGGAGCGGACCUGGAGGGCAGUCGAUCUGGGUGCCUCCGCACCGCCGGUCGUUGGGCUACGUUACGCAGGAAAACCAUGUAUUUCCCCACCUCACGGUCAGCCAAAAUAUCGGCUACGGGCUGAAAGACCGGAAAAGCUCCGCCGCGCGUCAUCGGGUGGGCGCGUUGAUUGAUGCGCUACAUCUGGAUGGCCUGGCGGAACGACGCGCCUGGCAAUUGUCCGGCGGCCAGCAGCAACGAACGGCGUUGGCUCGGGCCCUGGCUCCGGAGCCGGCGUUACUGCUGCUGGACGAGCCGUUCGCGUCUCUGGACAUGGAGCUGCGCCGCGAGUUAGGCGCCGAGUUACGAAACACCAUCCGCAGGUUGAGCGUUCCUGCCAUCCUGGUUACACACAGCCGGGAAGAAGCGCUGGGCCUUGGGGAUACCGUCCAGAUCAUCGACGACGGGAAAACGGUCGCUGUGGGCCAACCGCUUUCGAUGUUGGAACAGCCGGGACAGGGGCGGGUCGCCCGUUUGGUGGGGGUGGAAAAUCUUUUGGAAAUGGAGGUUGUGGAGCGUUUGCCGCAGGACGGAACGAUGGUUUGCGCCGCAGGCGGCGGAUCUCUGGAAACACCGUUGGCAGAUGGGUUGGCGGUCGGCGAUGCAGUAACGGUUGGAAUUCGGGCAUCGGACAUCAUCCUGGCGUCCGGGCCGUUGCCCCAAUCAUCGGCACGCAACACCUGGUCCGGAGUCGUAACCGAUGUGCAGAUGCGCCCGCCCGGGUAUCAGGUAACGCUGGAGUGCGAAGGAAUCCAGCUGCGUUGCCACAUUACCGGCGCUUCACUGGAAGCGAUGAACAUACAGGCAGGAAUGGCGCUGUGGGCGAUCUUCAAGGCGUCUUCCUGUUUCUUUGUUGAGCAGUUCGACCGGUUCGGACGCAUCGACGUCACCAGUAUAAUUGGCGAGAGAGAGCCACGGAAUUAUCCAACUGACAGCCACGAGGAGCAACCUGAUAUGCCGGGUUACAAGGGGAUUUUGUUCGACAUGGACGGCGUGCUGGUCGACAGCGAGCCGCUAUUUCACAAGGCAGUGAACAUGAUGGUGGAGCGCUGCGGGGCGGCUCCCAUAACGGAAGAAGAGAACAAUCGGUAUCUGUUGGGCUCCACCGUUGAGGAGACGUGGGUACGCGUCAAAGAAUUGCGGAGCAUCCCUCAAUCCCCGCGGGAGCUCCUGGCCGGUUACAACGAGGUGGUGAAAGAAGUGUUACGCACCGAUUUGACCCGCGGCCGGGUGUUCGCGAGCUGA